AUGGGAGGAAAAGAAUCAAAAGCUUAAAAAAAUAAUGACACUUAAAAAAUUAGUCAAAUAUACACUGAAGAAGUAGAGAAGCCAGAGAAAUAUCCUCCUUAAGUAAAACCCUUAGAGAAGGUGAGUAACCCCUUUCCAGAAAUACCAAAUUACAUGGAUAUGUUGACUUAGGUGUUACCUGUGAACAAAUAUCCAAAAGUCCCCAACUAUUUGACACAUGAAUUAAUAACCGAUCUGAAAAUGCUAAAACACCUUUUAACAACAGCUUCGACUUGCUUGUAGAAAUCAAGUAAAAUCAAUAUCGAUCAACCUCUGUAUUCAUCUAGAUUGAUAGAAGUCAAUGAUCAUCAGAACAAAUUAAAAUCAUUUCAAUCAUCAUUGCUCAAUGAGAUUCAGACUGGACAGCUAUCCCAAAUAAUAGAGAAAGAUCAAGAAGAGUUGACCAAGAUUAAGUUAAGUCAAGUGAUAGAGAGUUUGAAAUUGAUUGCCAAAUAUGCGUUCUAUUGUUAGGGCUUAUUGUAGAAGAUUCCUGAAACAUCGAAAGAGUUUUUGGUUUCACUAAACAAUCUCAUAUUGAGUACCAACAUGAAUUCUAUUUUGUUGCAAUAUAUUGGAUAUUACGAUGAGGGCAAUUAAGCUAUCAGACAAAACGCUUAGACUCUAUUCAAGUAGUUUUUGGAGUCUCAAGAGUUCAGCUAAGUAAUUCUGAAAUAUUUGGACAUUGUGAAAGAACAACUAAACAAUGUUGUGCCUAUUUUAUAGAAUCUGAACGAUUGUUCGAAUAUAUUCUAGUUUGAGGAGGAAAAUGACGAGACUUUCAUUUAAAUUUAUUAGAAAAUCCAAUCGGAACCAAAAAAAUAAGAGUUCCACAUAAAAUAACUAUUUGAACAAAAACAAUUCUAAUCGAAGGGAUUGGAGAAGGCUGAAUAGAUUUUGGAAGACUAGAAAUACGAGAACUUUGUAUAAACAAAAUUGGAUGACAGUGAGGGAUCGAAGUAGUUCACUUUGUUAUUGAGACAGUUCAUAGAUAUUUUGGAGGAGAAAACUGAGAAUUGGGAGAAUGUGCUGAGAGUUACUCUCAUGGCAACUACUGAGAAGGAUAAAAUCAGGUUGCUUCUGUGUGAGUUUAGCAAGUUGUAAAUCCAAUCGUCUUUGCAUUUGGUGCAUUUUUGUAUCAAUGAACUAUAAUACAAAAUGGAUUACGGCCAUUCAUUUGCUCAACUAUAGAAGUUUGUUCAGAUAAUAGAUAAAAUAUGA